AUGACUGCAACUGUGAACACAACAGGAUCUAAUUAUUUAAUAAGAGAUGGUAUUGUUGCAAAUUACAAAUUUAGUGGUAAUUCAAUAAUAGAAAAUGCUACUUUCGUGAAUGUUUCGUCAUUAGGAUUCCAAUCUUUUUAUUUUUGUGCCAAUCUUAGAAUUGUUAUAGCACUCGAUACUUUAUUAUCAAUUGGAAGUCAAUGCUUCAGUAAUUGUCCAAAAUUAGAACAAUUAACUCUUCCUGAUACGAUACAAUCAAUUGGUGAUAACUCAUUUUCUUCAUGCACAAGUCUCACAAGUAUUGAUUUACCAUUGAAUCUCAGUUCAAUAGGUAGUCAAGCAUUUUAUUCGUGCUCAAAAAUUAAUUCUGCUACUUUCUCAGCAUAG